CGUGUUCAAGCGCAACAAAAUGGCGAAAGUGAACGUCUGUUUGAAACGGAGUUUCAUUACCGUGACAACUUUGAUCGCGAUCACCAGUGCUCUGAUGUUGGCGAUCACUCUGUUUAGCCACGGACACCUCCACGAAGAUGAAGAGAUUGAACAUAUGAUCGCAGGUCUUAAUACCAUGUAUUUCUUUUGCAUCAUAACUCUGGUCUUGACCAUCGUUGGAGUGUAUGGUGCCUGCAAACAGAAGAAGUGGGCACUUAUAGUGUUUGUAGUUGGAAUAAUCGUGGAAAGUCUGCUCAUGAUUGCAUUUGAAAUUCAAGGAUUGGUUUUGCAACCACAGAUUACUGAAGAAAUCAAGACGCAAUACCUAAAUAUGCUGCCGCUGAAUAAUGCUAAUGAGAGUGUUAUAGAAAGCUUGAAGGACAUACAGGUGGAAUUGCAGUGUUGUGGUCUGGAUCAGGGCUACCUGGAUUGGGGCUACAACAUCCCAGAAUCCUGCCUGUGCACUGAAGAGUCCACCAAUCCAUGUGUGGCAGCUCCGAGAAACAGCAGUCUGUUUGAGCGCACGGUUGACGGUCAGCCCAUCAUGAUUUACGAGGAGUCAUGCAUUCCGUACUUCUUUGAGUAUCUGAUGAUGCUUAUUAAUGGUAUGUUGGGCCUAAUGCUGGGAAUCAUAUCACUGUGGGUGUUGUCAGCGGUGUUGUGUGUUGUCAUCUUGUGUAAGCUGAAUAAGAAGGAAGAUACCCCCGUCGUGGUCUACAGUCCGGAGGCAAAAGCAGGCAACUAUACCAUUCUCACAGACGCCGCAGAGUUCACCUGAUCAGUACAGGGAUACAAAUUAUCUUUGUGUUUGAAUAUAUCACAAUUUGCACAAAGUGAAGUUGCAUGUCCUAAAAGUAUUUGUUUGGGUAGUAUGUAUUUGUGUGUUGUUUUUGCCUUUUUACACCGUGAACUAUUAAUUUUUGAAAUUCCUGAAAAUACAUGUUUUUACAAUAGCACAAUUGUGGGCUAUGGAAUUGGCCAGAAACUGCACAUACUGGGAAAUAAUAUUCUCUUAGAGAUAAUCAAAUAGGCUUUUUUUGUUUGUAUUCAAAGCCCUGGCCUAAGGCUUGACCCUGGGAUAACUUUCCACGCACACAUUGUUAACCCAAAGUUAACCUUAGCUCGGGGCUAUACGAUUCACACUGCACUACUAGUCCAACAACGUGACACAAAUCCCAUUGUUCACUUUCCUAGUUUCACACUGGCAACUUUUAGCCCCGUGAUUUUCAGGGGGAGCAAGGCCAUCAAGCCCGAGGUUAAGGUCGGGGUUAGCCCACUUUGGUUUGUACCAGUGCGAGAGCCUACUUAAAAACUAUGCAUAAGCCUCAUAUGCCCUUCUGCUAUGUAAGAGAGGUGGGAUAUAUAUGUAUAUGUAUAUUGUAUUUCCUGUUUCAUUUUGAAAGACUAACAUCUCCUGUCAUUUCAGUUCCCGCCCUUGUUUGUCUCCUGCCUCCUUGAUUAUCCAUUCCCUCAUUACUCACCUGCCCCUAAUUUUGCCAUCAGGCAACCCUGUUUAUUUACUUGUUUGAUUUCCUUGUGUCAGUUUCUACAGUUUUUGUAUCACUGUAUAUCCAUAAAUCCAGCGCAUCUCCUUCCACGGUCUUCAACGGGUUCAGAUAAGAAGUGAAGUGUGUUGAAUGAACACACUUAAACUUUCUUUCUGUUAUUUUUGUCCCAGACUGGAAUCCCAAUAUAGCACUCUUGAUCCAAGAUGUAAGCACUUGCAAGCAGCAAAAUGAAGAUAUUGAAAUCGGGUAAUUCAAAUGAGAUGUUUAAAGAAAAAAAACAUCCCUGAAGAUAGGACGGCAGACAUGUUCACUUUAUGGAUGUAUUAGAGCUUUAAUUAGUUUUCUGGAAUGUUCUAUAUCAUAUUCUGCCAAACUAUGUGAAGUUUUAUAGUACAGUUUUAUGUAAUAGUGUGUCAUUGGUACACAUUGGUGUUGCAUGGCAGGAUAGAGGAAUACAGAUAACAGGGAAAUAACAAACAACAAGCAAAUCCAAAGUCUCUUCUUCUUUUGCAAAAGCUGUGUCACAGCCUCCUGUGAAGGAAAGUUCAAGCGUGUGUCCACGUCUCUCCACUGUGUAACCUCUCUGGCGUCAUGACAAAAAGUGUAACAGCUGAAGUUUUUAUAAAUAAAUUUGUCUGUAUGUUU